AUGGCAACCGCGACUGCCCUCUUCGUAAUUGACAUCCAAAACGACCUGGCGACCGACCCGCAAACCAGAAUACCGCACGCAGAGCGCAUCAGAGAAGCAGGCGCAAAGAUUCUCUCCACAGCUCGAGCGAUCAUCAAUGCCCAGCGAGCAAGCGCUGAAGAGCUCCCGGCGAUCAUUGUCUUCGUGCAGCACGAGGAAGAGCCCGAGAACGGUCCGCUGGUUCGGGGCAGCGAGCCGUGGAAGCUGGUCUUUGAGCCGGACGACGCCGCACCGUCGGAGCGGCUCGUUGCGAAGUGGACGCGUGAUACUUUUAAGUCAAAUCCCGAACUUGCCUCGACUUUAAAGGCAGCUGGGGUCCAGGAGAUCAUUGUAUUCGGUAUUCAGAGCGAGUGCUGCGUCGAGGCCACCUGCAACGGCGCCCUUGCCGCCGGGUUCGAGGUCGUGCUGCUGUCCGGGGCACACUCUACGUAUGAUAAUGGGAGUACAGCGGCCGAGGAGAUUGAGAAGGAGGUGGAGGACCGGCUGCGCGCGAAGGGCGCAAAGGUCGUGACGUGGGAGGAGGCUGUUGCUACCUGA